AUGUCUUUGCCGUUUUCCCUGGCGACGGACGUCAAGGUACAUAGCCAGUACGGCAUGCAGCGUGGCAGCCAGCAGCCUACCGACUCCCACCCAUCUCGACUUGAGUACGAUACUGGCGCUGGUAUACAGCAAUUCUCCCAUCGGAACAUUACUCAGUCCAAGAUCGCGUCCGAGAAAGUCGGCCUGCCAUCACCACGUAUUGUCCCAUCUACCAACUAUUUGACCUCGAACGACUUUUGCAGAAAGCAGGGACCCUCUCCCGGCUUACAACUGCGACAAACUGCGAUGGCCCAGUACUCGUCACAGAACGACGGCAACAUCGACGAUUGCUGGUUACACAGAAUACAGAGUAAGAUCUCGCCAAUCACCCUGCCCCCGACGUUCGUGCCCCUGAUAUCGGAUCGUUUGCGAGAAGUUGGGGCACUGCAGGAAAUCAUCAACAUCACAAGGCUGUUUACACCAAAUCGACAGCCACCACAAGCAAAGGCCAUCGCAGACAACAACCCCACCUCUAAAAGCAUGGGGCACCGUCAAAGUUCGGACGUUGAUGGAGAACGUAAUGCGUUUGAAGCUUUGAGUGUCAAAAUCACCCUGAGCACUGAUGCCGUGACCAUCCAUGUCCUCGUCUUCUUCAUACAAACUCAACCGCGCCGGAAAAGAGCAGGAAACCCGCUACCGGCGGCAGAGAAACGCCUCGAAUUGGGCCACUGGUGGUCAAUGAGAGCCAUAUGUGUUUCCCCCGAAACAAGGACAGGAUCAGACGCUGCCCAAGCAAUCCAUCCCGGCAACGGCUACGAAAGCAACAUUUCUCAGCUGCCGUCCGUCUUUACCUUCAGCGGCACUUGUGUAUUCUCUUACCCAUCUGUCCGAUCUGAGUGUCUGACACCUGGCGGAUCAUCUCAGCUCACAUGUGGAGAGCAAGCUCCAAACCCUGCAACGAAGCUCGGAUGCCCAGGCCUACCAGCCAGUACAUUUGCAUCAACCUCACAGUCCACAGUUGCUAUAUCACUGCCAACUAUCACAGGCGGACUGCUGAUAUCGGGGGCCAUCAUCCUACUAUGCUUCCAACCUGCUGGGCCCGAUGCCGCGCCUGAGCUUCUUCCUCCUCUCCUUCUUCAAGUGUGGGCCAGCCUUCUAGCUGCAUCCCAUUCUAAGGGCCGGACUGGCCCGGUGUACGGAUACUCAUCGAGACGUUGCCGAGUCGAGAUGGCGGAUGAUGCCGUAGCCAAGUCGAUAGACCCGUGCGUUGCAGGCCGAUUCCAGCCCUCGAUCCCUCUUCCUUUUCGUCGACGAGUUAGAGGAAACUCCCGGAACAAUGGCUACAAUCGAUGUGGCGAAGCUGAAGGAGAGUACUACAGGCAUGCUAAGCGACGCAAAUAUUUGAUCCCUCAUAGAGUGAGUCCCAUUCCAGCUGUUCGGGACACAAAACCACCAAAAACGGUUACUCCAUCCGAAGAUGAUGAGAAGCCUACCGGGCCUAUCUACCUACAGGACGGCUACACACAGGAACCGCUCAGGACAUCGACCAACAUUCCGAGAAACCUUCCAGCCGGUCCAGCCAGACAGAUGGGUUUCUAUGGUUCGGACAAAGUAGGACCGGGUGCUGUCCUGUGCGUCGCAAACCCAAGUAUCCGUGACUACAGAGGUGUUUUCACUCCGGCCUGCUUCCGUAGCUGCUCCGUUGAUCAGGGCCACUCACCCGAGAAACGACAAGAAAGAGAUGCUCAGCUCUACGCCUCAAACAGGAUACCUGGGGCUCUUGACGAAGACCUGUGGAACCUACAUUCCUUCCGAUACGAGAGGAACUCGCCUUUUGCCGACAAGCAAUGCGGACUGCAAAGAAGACGAUUGCCAUGUCGUCACGGAGAAGGAUUGUCCCCUGCCACCAGGACCCUGAAUAGGAUGGUGGUGGUCUGGCUGACACCCUGGGUCUCGCCUCUCGUCUAUAGUGCCUACUUGUAUGGUCGUUGCGUUCCCGCCAACCAUGUCGUCGCGCCACGUCCGAAACCAGUUACCGGUUGCCGGAAAUCUAUCACCCAGCCCCCCAAAGAAUCUGCAACGACACCAAAAGGUUUGGGCGAAAAGAUGAAUUGCUCAAGUUUCUGCCGAUGGCUUCAUUCACAUUGGUCUUUACCCCGCUUCUUCAUCAAAGCACUCAAUUCCUUCAAUGGCUUUCGGCUCAUGUGCAUCAUGUAUAGGCAACGCCAGGGCCAUUCGAACGUGCGUAUGGCAGGGGGAGGGAGCAGCGCGGUGAAUCGCAGUACGAUUCUCUUUUUCCUAUCCCUCCCCCCACCAUGGCAACUGCUCUCGGAUCACAUUGCCCACGCACUGGCGGUUCGCGCUUUGCAUAUCGGGAGAGCAUGGUGCGGGCGCCCAUAUAUCAGAAAGUUUCCGGAAGGUGAUAUGAUCUGUCAAGGAAGCACCCCAGCAGACUUUGUUAUGUUGAUUCAUUUCGUUGCGGGAGAGCUUAACGGCAUCGUCUAUCUGUGUGGGAUAUUUGCCAAGUGGGAGCUGAGUCGUGUGUUGUCCCAGCGUGCUUCGUCUUCUGGUACAGAUAGAUUCGCAGCAGCGACCCCCAUGGUCCUCUUACACGAAAGGGGACGGAAACGCACCUUUGCAGAUCAUUCUUUCCAGAAAAACGUGGUCUGUCGCUCUCUGUCUUUCUCUCCCCACUGCACGCGUUCAACGAAACCCCGUUGCAUUUCGUCUGCCCAUCCCGCAGCCCGCUCAUCAAUGUCGAUCCGGCAGCAGCCAGCCACCGGCCGCCGAGAAAUAAAGCGGGCUAUCGCCCUCCGCUCUUGCCCCUCCCUUGCCCUCACCUGCGAGUCCCUCUUCUUCUUCUUCUUCUUCCCCUCCAAGCGCAAGACUGCGCAGUAG